GGUGUGCAGGCGGCUGUGUUUGAACACAGGAGUUGGCUUCCUUUUGGGGGAGGAGACGAGGUCCCACAACAACUCGGAGGGGUAUAUAAGGAGCCACGGGCUGGGGGGAGACAUUCCUGGGGCCCUGCUUCCAGCCCAAGCCUGCGGCUCCACCAGCACUUCUCCAGCCUGCUGAGGACUCACCCGCUGCCCGGCCAUGAGCACCACAUUUCUGCAGACUUCUUCCUCCACCUUUGGGGGUGCCUCUACCAGAGGGGGUUCCCUCUGGGCUGGGGGAGGCGGCUUUGGUGGGGGGAGUCUCUACGGGGGCGGUGGAGGCCGCAGUAUCUCGGCUUCUUCUGCUAGGUUUGUCUCCUCGGGGUCCGGAGGGGGCUACGGCGGCGGCAUGAGCUGCGGCUUCGGUGCAGGGGCUGGUAGUGGUCUGGGCGGAGGCUUAGGAGGUGGCUUUGGUGGGGGUUUUGGCGCUGGCUUUGGUGACUUUGGUGGCGGCGAUGGCGGCCUCCUCUCCGGCAACGAGAAGCUCACCAUGCAGAACCUCAACGACCGGCUGGCCUCCUACCUGGACAAGGUGCGCGCCCUGGAGGAGGCCAACGCCGACCUGGAGGUGAAGAUCCGGGACUGGUACCAGAAGCAGAGCCCCAGCAGCCCGGAGCGGGACUACAGCCACUUCUACAAGAUCAUCGAGGACCUGCGGGACAAGAUCCUGGGGGCCAAGAUCGACAACUCCCGGGUCAUCCUGGAGAUCGACAAUGCCAGGCUGGCGGCAGAUGACUUUAGACUCAAGUAUGAGAACGAGCUGGCCCUGCGCCAGAGCGUGGAGGCCGACACCAACGGCCUGCGCAGGGUGCUGGAUGAGCUGACCCUGACCAAGACCGACCUGGAGAUGCAGAUCGAGAGCCUGAACGAGGAGCUGGCCUUCCUGAAGAAGAACCACGAGGAGGAGAUGAAGGAGUUCAGCAGCCAGCUGGCCGGCCAGGUCAACGUGGAGAUGGACGCGGCCCCGGGCGUGGACCUGACCCGCGUGCUGGCCGAGAUGAGGGAACAGUACGAGGCCAUGGCCGAGAAGAACCGCCGGGACGCCGAGGCCUGGUUCUUCAGCAAGACGGAGGAGCUGAACAAAGAGGUGGCCUCCAACACAGAGAUGAUCCAGACCAGCAAGACAGAGAUCACGGACCUGAGACGCACUUUGCAGGGCCUGGAGAUCGAGCUGCAGUCCCAGCUCAGCAUGAAAGCCGGGCUGGAGAGCUCGCUGGCGGAGACGGAGUGCCGCUAUGCCACGCAGCUGCAGCAGAUCCAGGGGCUCAUCGGUGGCCUGGAGGCCCAGCUGAGUGAGCUCCGCAGCGAGAUGGAGUGCCAGGACCAGGAGUACAGGACGCUGCUGGACAUCAAGACGCGGCUGGAGCAGGAGAUCGCCACCUACCGCAGCCUGCUGGAAGGCCAGGACACCAGGAUGGCUGGAUUUGGCACCAGAGAAGCCUCCCUGGGAGGUGGUGGUGGCAAAGUUCGCAUCAACGUCGAGGAGACAGUGGACGGGAAGGUGGUUUCUUCUCACAAGAGAGAGGUCUGAGUGCCUGGCGCGGGAGAGACCUCCCUGGCCACCCCUACCUUCCCCAGGCUGGAUGGAGGACCGGCCAGAGGGGCCAGAAGAGCAAACCCCAGUCCCUGCUUUCAGAGGGUCCGGCUCUCCCUGUUGGGUGCUCAGCAUCCUCCCCCUCCCUCUCCCCACCUGCUCUAGAACAGGGACAGGCAAGAAGUAGCUGUAUUGUGUAACGAGCUGGAUCGUACCACGUCUGCCCAUGCAAUAAAGAAUUGCUUUUCCUUU